CGGCCGCCAGGCGGGAGCUGAAGUCCGCAGGUGGGCUGCGGCGGGCGUGAUGCGGCGGGCGUCGCGGCCGCGGAGGCCACUGCCGGACCCCUGGCGCUUUUUGCGACUCUAGCGGCUCUCAGGAGGCCUUCCCUCCUCGGUGGCGGGGCUUCUUUGGGUCCUACGGCUAGGGAGAACGGGGUAGGACAGGGGGACGGGCCUCCCACCCAUCCCUCACUCCACGCGGCGGGCAUGUCCGUGGCGGAGGCCGCGGCGACCGCCGAAGCCCAGGAAGCCGGCGGCAAGAUCCGGCCCAGCAGCCUUCGCCGGAUCCCGGUAAUCGGGGUGGUGACCCAGGACGAGGAGGCGCAGGGUGCUUUUAAGACCAUGGACCUGAAUCGUGUCAUCAGCCUCCUUGAAAAGACUGAUAAAGAUGAUUUAGAAGAAAAACAACUUAAAUCUGUCAAGAAACUGGUGCAGUGUUAUCAGAAUGGAUUUCCCCUAAGGGAUUUAGCCCAAAUAUUUAAAAUUUUGAAUCUAUGUGCAGAAAAAAUUGAAAACCAGCCCCAUUUUAUAGAAUCUGCAUUUAACAUCCUAAAAUUAUGUAGCUUGCCAUUUUUGAAAAAGAAGGUAUCAGAUGAAAUAACAUAUGCUGAAGACGCUGCUAAUUCAAUUGCGCUUCUGGGUGAAUUAAUGAAAAUACCGAAUUCUGAAUUGAGGAUACAAAUUUGUAAAUGUAUUGUUGACUUUUAUCAUGCAGAACCACCAAAGAAGCAUAUUACAGGUUACCAGCAAGCAAGUUCAUCAUACAAGAUUAAGAUGGCUGAGGUUGGGGGAUUGGCAAAAACAAUGGUCCAGUCGUUGGGCUUACUUGAAAAUCAACUUGUUGAGAAACUUUGGGUACUUAAAGCUCUGCAACAUCUCUCAACUUCUGAAGUUAAUUGCACGUUAAUGAUGAAAGCACAAGCAGCCAGUGGAAUCUGUGCUCACCUCAAUGACCCAGAUCCCUCUGGACAGCUUCUGUUUCGUUCAUCAGAGAUACUUUGGAAUUUAUUGGAAAAAUCUUCAAAAGAAGAAAUCAUACAACAGCUUAGUAAUUUGGAAUGUUUGCUGGCUUUGAAGGAAGUAUUUAAAAAUCUGUUUAUGAGAGGUUUUAGUCAUUAUGAUCGUCAGCUUAGAAAUGACAUACUAGUAAUCACAACAAUCAUAGCUCAAAAUCCUGGAGCACCAAUGAUUGAAUGUGGCUUUACGAGGGAUUUGAUUCUAUUUGCAACCUUCAAUGAAGUUAAAAGUCAAAAUCCUUUGGUAAAAGGUCUUAGGUUUUCUAAUUCCUAUGAAGAUUUUGAGUUGAAGAAAUUGCUUUUCAAUAUAAUUGUGAUCUUAUGUAAAGAUCUACCUACUAUACAGCUAUUAAUUGAUGGCAAAGUUAUUUUGGCUUUGUUUACCUAUGUUAAAAAGCCUGAGAAACACAAAAUAAUUGAAUGGUCUGCAGCACAGUAUGAAGAAUUACAACUGCAUGCAAUUGCCACUUUGUCAUCAGUGGCUCCUUUAUUAACAGAAGAAUAUAUGCUGUGUCAGGGAAAUGCUCGAGUCCUUGCAUUUCUAGAAUGGUGUGAGAGUGAAGAUCCCUUCUUUAGUCAUGGUAAUAGUUUUCAUGGUACAGGUGGCCGUGGCAACAAGUUUGCCCAGAUGCGUUAUAGUUUAAGACUCUUGAGAGCCAUGGUCUACCUUGAGGAUGAGACUAUAAACAAUGAUCUUUGUGAAAAAGGAACAAUUCAGCAACUGAUAGGAGUUUUUAAAAAUACAAUAAGCCAGUCUGAUGACAAAGAAGAAGUCAUUGUUUUGGAAAUUCAAUCUGAUAUAUUACUUAUUUUAUCCAGUCUUUGUGAACAUCAUAUUCCUAGGAAGGAAAUGUUCGGAACUGAAGGAGUGGAUAUAAUUCUCCGUGUAAUGAAAACAGACCCCACAAAGUUACAAAGUGGAUUAGGCUAUAAUGUACUUCUUUUUAGUACAUUGGACAGCAUUUGGUGCUGUAUUUUAGGGUGUUAUCCAUCAGAGGAUUACUUUCUUGAAAAGGAAGGCAUUUUUCUCCUUUUGGACUUACUGGCAUUGAACCAAAAAAAAUUCUGUAAUCUAAUACUUGGAAUAAUGGUUGAAUUUUGUGAUAAUCCCAAAACUACGGCUCAUGUCAAUGCUUGGCGAGGGAAGAAGGACCAAACAGCUGCUAGUCUUUUAAUUAAAUUGUGGAGAAAGGAAGAAAAAGAACUGGGAGUAAAACGUGACAAACAUGGGAUGAUCAUUGAUACAAAGAAACCUCUAUUUACUAGUUUCCAAGAAGAGCAAAAAAUCAUGCCAUUGCCUGCAAACUGCCCAACUCUUGCAGUUAUGGAUGUUGCUGAGAAUAUCAGAGCAAAAAUUUAUGCUGUGCUAGGCAAACUGGAUUUUGAAAAUUUACCUGGCCUAUCUGCUGAAGAUUUUGUCACUCUUUGUAUCAUACAUAGAUACCUUGAUUUUAAAAUUGGAGAAAUAUGGAAUGAAAUAUAUGAAGAAAUAAAAUUAGAAAAGUUAAGACCAGUCACUACAGAUAAAAAAAUUUUGGAAGCUAUUACAACAGCAUCAGAAAAUAUUGGCAAGAUGGUUGCUUCUCUUCAAAGCGAGAUGAUUGAAAGCCAAGCACACCAAGAUGUGCAAAGUGAACAAAAAGUAUAUACAAAAAUACAAGCCACACAUAAGCAAAGAGAAUUGGCUACUAAAUCAUGGGAAAAUUUCUUGGCCAGAACAUCAAAUGCUAAAGCUUUAAAGAAAGCAAAGAGACUUCAGGAGAAAGCUAUAGAAUCCUCUAGAUACAGUGAGCACCCACCAAAUGCAGUAUUUCACAGGACAGAUAUUAAAGGCCUUAAUACAACGGUGCCUUCUGGUCGGGUAGUAACAGUGGAAAGCACCCCUGCCCGAUUACUGGGAGGACCUCUGGCUGAUACAGAUAUUGCUCUUAAAAAACUCCCUAUUCGUGGAGGAGCCCUACAAAAGGUGAAAGCAGUGAAAACUGUGAAUGAGUCAAAGAAGAGUGUUCCUACAUAAAAUAAUCUACAGGCAUUCUGAAAUAAAUUUUGCUUAUA